AUGACUGCUCGCCAUGGUGCCAUUGGUCCAUGCACCGUCUCUUCCCCGCGGUCCGUGCGCUGCGGGUACCGCUGUGACAGGUGGCCCAGUUCUCGGUGCCGUUCUCGGCCGCUCCCGCUGGGCAGCGGGGCUCCUGGAGGCUCGGAGAUCGAGCCGGAAGACCUGGCACACCUGGAGAGGAUCCUAGCGCCCUCUCUGAGCAUCGCCCCCAGCAGCAUCUCGGGUCUGGGUCUACACGCACGACGCGCCUGCGUACCAGGCACCGACUUGGCCAGCGAAAGGGCCUUCGUGUGGUGUGGCGCCUCCCGGGAGCGAGCCUCCAAGGGCUUCAAUGCUUCGGAUAUUUUUCCCAAAGAGCUCCUCACGGAUCCUGAUCACCAAUCCUGUGCCCUCACCGCGGUGCUGUGCUUAAUGCACACGCGGCUGACCACGGCCUCGAUCGGUGUUUGGUUCCGCGUGACCAGCCGUGGGCCGCGCCACUGGCUGAGCCCUUGGUGUCCCCAACGGCGCUGGUUGGAGCGACGCUGCCGGGUGGUGCGGAAGCUCUUGCAGGAGGCAUCCUUUCGUGGCACCCCUUUGUCGCUGAAGAUCAGUGACGAGGAGAUUAUGGACUUUGAUCUUCGGUGUAUGGGGACCACGAUUGGCAAGGACCGCAUCAUCCCUUUGACCUUCUCCUUGCUGAACCACUCCUGCUGCCCCAAUGCCAAGAUCAGCUACCUGAACGAUUUGGGCACGCUCCGCUGCAUCCGGCCCAUUCAAGAGGGGGAGGAGAUCCUCGUCUCGUACAUUGAUGAGUUUCAAGACGUGCUCUCAAGACGCUACUUCUUCCUGGAGCUGACUGGCGCCAAGUGCCUUUGCCCCCGCUGUGCGGCCAACUUUGGCCAGGGCGGCGAUGUGCUCAGCCGGUGGAUCUGCCCCAGUUGUCGAGAAGUUCUGGAGGAUGAGGCCGUCCACUGUGCCUGUGGACUGACGGUCACGGCCGGCGAGCGGCGCAGCCGGCGGGGCGCGGAGCAACGCUUCUGGGAGCUACUGGGACAGGAGACUCGACGCUUCUUGAAGGUGGCAGGCAGUGGCAUCGCCGAAGAGAUCAAGAACUCCAUGAGCACGGUCAGCAAGGUCCUCUCAGAGCUGCAUCACCUGCGGCCUUAUGGUAGCCCUGCCAGCAUCAAGGCGGCAUCGAUGCUGCGCAGUGCCUACGCCAGCGUGCAACGCGGCAGCCCCCAGCUGAAUGAGUUCGCCCGGAGGAUGGAGCUGGACUACUGCAAAGAGCUGGCGAAGCACCAUAGCCUCCUUGCCGAAGAGGUGGCCGCUUUCCACAAGCUGCCCAGCUCCGUGGAUGACGACGUCUUGCGGCGCUUGGUCUCUGCGCUGCGCCUGCAUGAGCUCGUGGCACCCGCAUGUGGCGGUGCGACGAGCCUGCGGCGCGUAGGACCAAAGGCGGAUGGAGGCUACGUGGUCUUUGACCAGGGGAAUUGGCCCAUUUGUAAGAACCUCCUCAGCUACGGCGUCGGGACCAACGUUGACUUUGAAUGGGAGCUAGCGUCGUCUGGGACCAAGGUCAUCCUCUUUGAUCACACGGUCCACGGCUUGCCACGGCAGCAUCCCAACAUCACUUUCGUUCAGGAAGCGCUGUGUGAUCGCAGUCUACCAGGGGCUGGCAACACCUUGUCUGAGCACCUGCGGCUUUGUCAUCAAGGCUCCUUGAUGUUGAAGAUGGACGUGGAGGGGGCAGAGUUCUCAGCCCUCCUGGCGUCGAAGGAGAUCGUGGGCCACUUCGACCAAAUCUGCUUAGAGCUGCACUGGCUCGGCCGUCCUCACCGCUCGGCCUCCGCUUUGACCAAGGCGCUGGCUUUGGAGCUGCUCCAGGAGCACUUUGUCUUGCUCCAUGCGCAUGGCAACAGUUAUGGGGACGUCAUGGAGGUAGCAGGCUGCCUCAUCCCUGACGUUCUUGAGGUGCUUUAUGUGAAUCGGAGGCUCUUAAGCCCCACGCAGUUUCGGCCCAAUGAGAAAGGCCUUUUGCCCAACGACGUUUUAGACGCCAACAACUGUCCCUUUACGCCGGACAUCGCCCUCAUUGGCGCUCCCUUCGGCGCGGAGAUGCCGGCAUCGCCCGACGGAGCCAAAACAGGGUCGACGGCGGACUCGCGCCGACUCGCGCCGCGCCUUCUCCGGGUGCCACACCGGUCGCCGGUCACCGUUGCGGUGGGAGCCACGGGCUCAUACUCGGCUCGGUGGGCGUUUGGACCCGAUGUUCUUGAGCUGGGCACCUUACGUGUGGCCUGUGAGGCCCGCGAUGGCUCCUGGGGCAUCGCCCAGCGCGGCCUGGGGGGGUUCAUGACAGACGUUGAAGGCAAACUUUACGAAGAUUUCCUUCAGUGCAAGCGUUCGCACCCCAAUGGCGACAUGCGCGGGCAAGAGGUGGUAUGGAAACCGAGCAGGCGAUGCGUGCCCGGCCCUGUGCCCACCGAGCCCGACAAGAUCAGCGCAUGGCCGCCCUGGGUGCCUCCGAAAGGCACCUGGGUCCCGCGUCCCGAACGGAAGCACAGCGAGGACAAGUACGAUGCCAAGGUUGACGCCUUUGCGCACAACUUCAUGCAGCAGAUGCGGAGGAGGCAACGGGAGAAGGAGCGGCAAGAGGAUCGAGAUUGCAAGCGCCUGGUUCAAUCUCUCGAUGUUUGGGAAGGCGAGCUCCGGCGACGGCGCCUCCUGUCGCAGUUGGGACCGGGGAAGAUCCCAGGUGCCAGCAAGCCGAUGGCCAUUGGCCGGCCCGACACGCCGUCCGAGCAGUCGCUGCGGGGAUCGGUCUCGGAGCCCACGCUGUGA